UAAUUAAAUUCUUAAUUGAAAUCGUAUUUAAUUGUUCUAUAAUUUUGUACUAAUGCGUCAAAUGCAUUUGUGCACGCAUUCCAUUCUGUUUUCUCAAUCCAUUGAAGGUGUGUUUCGGAAAAGGUCUCUAAAAGGCGGACCGUCCCGUGCCCAAUGGGAGGAUGUGACGGGCUCCACGCCGUUGACAUUUGUCAACGACUGCGUCUCAUUCACGACAACAGUUUCGGCCCGUUUCUGGCUAAUGGACUGUCGCAACAUUUCCGAUGCAACCAAAAUGGCAACAGAGCUGUACAAGGAAGUCAUCCAUGUGCCGUUCAUAGCCCGGUUUGUGGUGUUCGCCAAGAAAAUAGAGCCCUUCGAGGCACGUCUGCGCGUCUUCUGUAUGACCGACGAUCGCGAGGAUAAGACUCUCGAGAAGCACGAGCUAUACACCGAGGUGGCCAAGAGCCGUGAUGUCGAGGUGCUCGAAGGCAAACCGCAAUACAUUGAAAUGGCUGGCAAUCUAGUGCCCGUCACCAAGUCGGGUGAUCAAUUGCAGUUGCAGUUCAAGGCCUUCCGCGAGAAUCGUCUGCCCUUCACGGUGCGUGUGAAGGAUCAGCAUGCAGAUAUUGUGGGUCGCACGCUGUUCAUGAAGGAGCCCAAGGUGGCCAAGGGCGAGCCUCCACAGCAACCCAUCUGCAUACUCAACAUUGUUCUGCCAGAGGCUGUCAUACCCGAUUCGACGACUGCAUUCUCUGAACGUGUCUCCUCUGCCUACCGCACCUCGAUGUUCAGCCUGAGCAAGCAUCAGAACGAUCACUACAUUGGCGACAUACGCAUUGUAGACUUAUCCAAUUUGUUGGGCAAGGACUGGAUACAAUUGGCCCCAGAGAUAGGCAUAACUACCGAUGAGAUUGACGAAAUCAUCAACCAAAAUACCGACAGUAUUGCGCGACAGGCGCAGAGCAUGAUUCGCUUGUACAAAGAUAAGCCAAACUACGAUAUUCAAGCACUGGAAACAGCUCUUAAAAACAUUGGAAGAGACGACAUCAUGAAGAAGUGCAAGAGCGGCAGAUUAUCGCAUUCGCGAGAGUUUGACGAGGCAGAUCUUAUGAAGAACUCCGAGUCCGUAGAAGAGCUGGUCCGCAGAGAAAGUAAGCGAAUCCAGCAAAUCAACGAACGCGAAGAAGUCAAAUACUCUGCAGAAGAGAAGGAAGUUGAAGAGUCUGAGUCCGACGAGGAAUCAGCAAAACGAACCGUUGCCGAGCGCCGAGAGAAAAUCGUCAAACGUCUCUCUGUGGAACGCUCCAUACCAGCCUCAACCCAAAAGAAGGAAAUUACACGAGAGAUAACUGAGAUCAAACGCAAGAGCUUAAUUGAGGACAAAAAGGCGCACCACGAGUCAGAGAUUCUGAUGCAGCUACCCGCCGACAAUGUCAUAAUCAAAACGACGACAGUGCCCGAGCAGGUCAUCAAGAUGAAGAUGGGCAAAAUGGAUUCCACUGAAGUGAGCAAGAGCGAAUUCGAUAAGGAGUUGACACAUAAGCUGAAAACUUCCGGACGCAGCUCUGAAGAAGAAGAACUGCCAUCUCCAGACAAAGUUGAUAAGAUUGUCCAGGAUAUAAGCACCGCUGAGACGACGGCUAAGAAGGACACGGCAACCAGCAGCCGAGUGGGCUUUAUUACCCGCCAGGAAGCGCGUGAUAUGACCGAGGAUUUCUUGGAGUUUGAAAAGCGCAAUCAGCUGCCAUCCGAAACGACGGCCACAGUUCAUGAAAAGUUCUCAGAGGAGUUCAAGGAAAAGACCAGCCCUGUGGCAACAAUUGCUCAGGAGACCAUCAAAGAGGUUGAACAAGUCAUCAGUGAAGUCACUGAAACUGCCAGCAAGAAAGUCGAGAAUAUAAUCAGUUCCUUCGAGAGUGGCAAACAGGAAAUCAAAGAGAAGAGCAGUGAGAUUACCACAGACACAACGAAGGUCAGCGAGACUAUAAAGCAGCUGCAAGAAACCAAAGUUACAGCUGCGGAAGAGAUUUCCAAAACAGUUGAAAUCGAGAGCACCAAAAUUGAGGAGAAAAUUGCUGACUUCGAGGCCAAAAAGGUGAGAUACGAUUUCCAUGGCGGCGAGCCAAAGACACAAAUACCCAAACUUGUAAAGCGACCUAGCGAAGAGCCCCUGAAACCGACAGCAGCACCUCGGGCUGCAGCUGAAACGGAGUUUGAAAAACCUGUCGAGGCUAAGGUCGAGAAACAAGUCUCUAAGAUUCCAGUCAAGACCGGAGAAGGCGCCAAGAUUGCCGAAGUGGAUGCACGAAAGUUGACACAAGAUUUUCUGCAGGCUGAACAAAAGACUCAGCUGCCGGCCCAAGUUGCAGUCGAGCCCAAAGCAGCUCCGGCUGCAAGUAAGAUACCGAAGGUGGAGCCCAGAAAGUCAAUUGACAAGGAGGCGAAGAUCUUCGAUGACAUUGUAAUAUCCACUGCAACGAUUAUGACAUCUGGAAUGGCUUCCGAACAGCCCAAGCCACAGCCCGAAGUUGCUGCCAAGGCCGAAACUGUGAAUGAAAAGUUGACCGACCUAAUUGACACAUUCCACAAAAUCGAGGAAAAGAUAAUCAAAACCGACAAGCCAGCAGAGGUGGCUGACAAAAUUGAGGGGCUUGCUGGCAAAAAGGAGGAGCCUCUGGUUACAGCUCAGCAAGAUAUGCCCGAUUUGGCCAAAAAGGAAGAUAAAGUGGCAGAAAAAGUAGCUGGUGUUAUCGAGACAUUCCACAAAAUCGAGGAGCACAUUGUGCUUGAUACACUUCAGAAAACCAAUGAUUUUCUGAGCAAUGAACAGCAAAGCCAGCUGCCCAGCCUGCGAAGUGCACCCGAGUCGCUGAUCGAGUCCAGCCAGACAUCAACAGCUUCCGAGCCAGAAUCCGUGAUAUCUGUAAAAGCAGCACCGCCAGCCAGUAAAAUACCUGUUGUAGAACUAAGAAAAACAUUAGUCGAGGAAACAGUGAAACCAGUUGAGGUAGCAAGCAGUCAACAGCAGAAGCCUGCUCCACUCAACGAACGUCAGCUUACUGCGGACUUUUUGAAGAUGGAGCAACAAACUCAGCCUCAGCCUCUGCCUCAGUCGCAGCCUCAAUCCCAGGAUCAGUCUCCAAAGAUUAUCGCUGAUACGACAAUUUUGCCAGAAGUCAUGCAGACAAAACUUGCUGCGCAGGAACCAACAGUCAUAGCUGAGAUAAAAACUACCACUGACAAGGAACCUAAAACCACAGUCGUAGAGCCCGAGUCGAAUAUCGUUGCAGGAGACGGCAUCGAGUCUGCUGCACCAAUUGGCGAAGUAUCACCAUUUGCUGCACGCAAGCUGACCGCCGAUUUCCUGGCGAAUGAGCAACAAGCUCAGCAGCCUAGUAUAACUAAAGUAAUGUCCGAAUAUGAUAGCGAUACGUUCGAUAAGCGGGCAACAGCGCCAUUGAGCGAUAUCCUCAAGGAAGAUGGACUCUCUGCACCGCUGUCCAUUGAGCCACGCAAGUCGCUGACCGAUGCGGAGUUCUGCAAAUAUGUCGGUGAGACCAUUACCAAAAAGAUGAGCGAGGGUUUAAUUGAAAUGCCAGAUGAACUCAAACAAAUAGCGAGCGACAUACCACAUUCCCAAACUCCGCCACCAACACCGAGUGAUGCCAAAACCGAGAAGCAGAAUGAGCAAUCCGACCUGGGCGAUCUAGAGCAUGAUUAUUUAGCCGACACUGUGACCACUUUGCACACGACCACAGAGUCGACGUUCGAACGUGUCGCUGCCAUUUCCACAGUUGAGCACUUCAGUGUUCAUAAUGUAAAAACCGAAACAUUUACAAGUACAGAUGAAACUGAUAAGCUGCUACAUAGAAUGGCAGCUCCCCCCACUAUACAGAAACCAUACUCACAAGACACUACCUCAUUUACAGAAAUGAGUGCAAGUAGUCCAACUCCGAAGACAACGACCACAACAACAACAACGACGACUCUGACUACGCAAAUAGAACGCACCAAAGUAGAUUUAACUGCAAAACCAAUCGAUCAUCCAAAGAAACAAACGGAGCUGGAUGAUGGCCAGCGCGAUGCUGGCGAUAGGGAAUACUUAGAGCAGAUAAUGGGCUGUGGUGAUGUAAGGCGCAAGAUAUUGCGCUUGGAGAGCUAUGGCAGUACGGAAUCUUUGGAAUCCAAUGCCACACAACAGAGCGCACCACCCAAGUACAUAGGCGACAAGGUGACGGUUGUUAAAGAUGUGGUCCAGAGCAUUGAGAAUAAGAUAAGCGGUACUGAAGUUGAGGCUAUUCCAUUUCCAGUACAUAAGCGAGCAACAGAUCAGGAACAUAAAGAGCCGAACAUCUCGGAGGUAGAGAAACAGAUACUAACCGCUGCAGACCUCGCACUAGAUAAGUUAAUAAAAUGCGAGCCACCUACCGAAGUUGUUAAGCGUUCACCUGUUGAGGCUAUGGAGCGUGGAGCAAUUGGUAUGGCGCAAAUUGAGGAAGAGGUGUGCGAAAAGAUUUGUGAGAAGCGAAAGGCCUUUGUGGUGGCAGAAGACUUAAAUGAAACGCAAAAGACUUUGGAUGAGCAGGUAGUAGAUAUAAAUAGGCAAGUAGAACAGGUACCUGGCAGCAUUUUACCGAAAGACUUAGUAAGUAAGGAAACUAUAUUAGAGACAUUGCCAAAAGUGAAGGAAGUUGUCCAAGACAUUGAACGUAGGUAUACCUCAACGAGCUUAGAUGUUACACCUUUUAGUCCACGUAAGCGUGAAACAGUAGAUCGCAAGGCUGAUUUAUCCACGAUAGAACAACAGAUUUUAAGCGAAACUGACUUGGUUCUAGAAAAUCUGACUGCGAUCCGUACUCCUGAACAGAAGAUAGUUUCGCCGGUGCUCCACAUGGAUAAAACAAGCCCGAGUGUUGAAAACCUUGAAGUAGUUUGCGAAAAGAUAUGCUCAAAGCGUAAAGUUUCCGAUAUGGCAAAAGAGUUCCAUAGGGAACCAGAUAGUGAACACAUUUUACAAUCGAACGAUAUUAAAUUAAUUACUGCUAAGUUCCUUUUAGAUGAAAGAACUAAACACAAUUUAGCCGAAAAUAUUAAACAGGCACCAGAAAGUGAUAAUAUUUUAUCAAAGCAAUGUGAUAAACAAGAGUUUCCCAUAGAAUUAAAUAAGUACAAUAAUGAAGUAGUAUUUCCAAAACUGGCACAGACAGUUGAGCGAUUGCAUUCAAUUUCAAAAUCUGACAUUAAAGACACAAAAGAAUUUAUAAACGUUGCAACUGAAUACGAAAGAAAGCUGAGUACACUAAUUUUAGAUGAGAGCCGACCGAAACCACAGACUGACAAACAGUUUUUAGAUAAGUUUCCAACCCAUGAAAAAGAUGAUAUACAAUUAAAAGCUGCAGUACAUACAGCACAAACCCAAAAGACCAUUGAUUUUAAACCCACUUUUCCAUCUGAUACACCUAAUAUUAAAGCACAAGAGAGUGAAAGUGACGAGGAGAUUGAUCAUGAUGCAAAGGUGCACAAGAUAAAACUACUAUCAAAUAUAGAAAAAAGUAUGCAACAAUCUAUUUAUGUGAGCGACAAUAAGGUUUUAGAGUCGACAGAAAUAAAUAAGAGCGAAAACGGAAAGUUUCCAACGAAUCUAAUAGCAUACGAGGACAAAUUGACAUCCGAGCUAUUAUCAAAAAGCAAAACAAAAGUACAGAAAACCGAUCAGAGCACCUCCGAAAUUAAGCCAGAUAAAAAACAGAAAAACAUAGAUGACAGGCCCAAGUCUCCUAUUGAUGUAUCUAAGCAAACUUCUAAACAGAAUUAUGCGGAAGAAAAGAUGCUUUCCUCCACCACACCUCUGGUACCACUUUCUAUGACUACAA